AUGCUAAAAAAUGAUUCAAAAAUAUUUUUGAAACCAAUCAACAUAGAAAUUAUGCCAGCGAAAAAUGAACACAUAAAAGGUAUUAAAAUUUUAAUGAAAGAGUUUUAUCAAGAUGAACCUGUGUUUAAUGCUCAAAAAAUCGAUGUGGAAACGCUCGAUGAAAGCUUUUUUGAUUACGAUAAAUUUAUAAAAAACGAUAUGACAUUUGUAGCAAUAGAUACGAGUAACAAUACAGUAGCUUCUUUGGCAACAAAUGAAAUUAUAAAAUCAGACUAUUCAGUAGUCCAUCGAGAAGAAGCAGAUUUAAAAUACAAAUCUAAUACAAACUUGUAUAGAACUCUUCGAUUGGGAGUUUCAAUUGAAACUGAACCAUGCCUGUUUAAAAUUUUCAACGUAAAUAAAAUACUGGAGAUCAGAACAUUGGCUACAUUACAAAAAUACCGUGGUUAUGGAAUAUCCAAAGCUUUGGCUAAGUGUGCAUUUUUGGCGGCCUUAAAUAAUGAUAGUAUAUCAAUUAUCAGGAUAGAUUGCACAAACUAUUUUAGUUCAUUAAUUGCUCGGGAGUUGGGAAUGGAAUGUGUAGUGAAGAAACAUUUAAGUGAAUAUAAAGACGAAAAAGGACAACCGUGGAUCAAUAUACCAAAAAAACCAAAUGACCUAUUACAAAUAUUUGUUUUUCGAAAGUGA